ACUGCCUGCCUGUUUGAGAAGGCGAUCGCGCCGGUGCAGUACAAGUGGACGGUUAUAUUAAUGUUAUGUAGAGUCAGCGGACAGUGGUUAACUUAUUGUGAGUAAACAAUGGCAACGGCAAAUGUACAGCGAAUGAAAUAAAACCGAGGAACGCACUCGUGGACAAGGAACUUUGGGACGGAAUUAUAUUAAACUCUUGGACCAUGCUGACUCUCUUCAUCAGUUGGGUGUUCAUUGUCCACGGUGUGGCCUCGCUGGACCUGCCUGGUGUCCAUGCCGAGCCGUAUGAGGACGUGCCGUGGAGGACGGAGCUCUGCUGUGAGCAGCUCGCUGCAGCCCAGUCGGUGGGGAACGGCUCCACAGACAGCAGUGGGUCCCACUCAGGAGGCAGUGCCCUGACCACCGACACACUCAAGUGCCACCAAGACAACUCCACUGACACAACGCGAGGCAGCACAGUUGUGUGUUUGAACAUUAUGUGCUGGCUUGAUGAGGAGAAGGAAAAUCUAAUUUGUAUCCGUAAGCUACAGAGCACGUCGGUGGACAGGCUUGUCACUAUUAGCCUGCGGCAAUGGCUUGCGGGGGCAGACACAGGAGAAUACAGGGAGCAGUGUGAGCAGAACCGGUGCACUGAGGAUGACCAUACCUGUUCUGUGGCUUUGGAGGGUGGCCAUGCAAAUGUGUCACUGGUGGUGAACGUGACUGAUGCCCAAGGCUCAAUUCUCUCAUCUGUCAUGCAUAUCAACACACAAUGGCUGAGUCCUCCCGGUAACCUUCACUACACCAUAGACCUACAGAAGGAGGUUGUUCUGAGGUGGAGUCCCCCACAGCCUGACUCUGAGGCCCUGCGUUACCAAGUCCGCCUCUUCUCCAGCAAACAGCCUGACUGGCAGAUCUUGCCGGGUGUGGAAGACAGUUGGCUGGCCCUUAGGGACCUCUCUGAGAAUACCUUCUACAUAGUGCAGGUGCGAAGCCAGAGUCUGCAGUUCCAGGAACACUGGAGCAACUGGAGCCAGCCUCUCUACCUCUGUCUGAGUGCCACGUGCUACAUGCCUGAGGUGCUGUCUGCCAGUCCUGGCUCUGAGGUGACCGUCUACUGCAUCAUCCAAGACACUCGCCAGAGUGCCACCAACGCCCGCUGGUGGCUCAACGGCAACGAGCAGAUCCCAGAGAGCCAGUCCCGGGCCAUCAGUGACCAUGUGAGUGCGGUCACCUGGCGGACUGAGGCUGCAGGUAUGGACUUCCUGCUUUGCUGUGAAAAGGGAAAGAAGGACCUCUGCAGUCACUCCUAUUCCAAAGUCUUCACCAAAGGUGACUACUUCAAAGACAUCGACUGCCUGACCACUGUGGACUCUACAAACAAGAUGACAUGCACCUGGAGUAAGGAAAACUGGAGUGAAGACCGUCUCAUGUACAAGUGGUAUGAUGGACCUUGUGAAGACAUGCUGAUGGAGACAGAGCUGAGCGACUCAGUAUCCCAGGUGACCGAGUGUCCAGGUGGAGUGGGCCAGCACAGGAAGUGCACUCUGGAGACAGUUCGCCUCAUAUCCUGCUAUAAAUUGUGGCUUGAGGAGGUUGGAGGAGAGGGACAAGUGAAGUCCCAGCCUGUCUAUGUCAUACCUAUUGAUCUGGUGAAACCCCCCCCACCCAGCAACAUCCAAGCAGUGAGCAUGCCCAACGGAACCAUGUACAUGGCCUGGUCCCGCACAGACCUGAAUGGGUUUGACCUGGAGUACAAGGUCCGAUACACAGCCGCUGCAGAGAAGUCCAGCCUACAGUCGCUUGGGCCGCAGGUGGAGUCGUGGGCUGAGGUGAUGGUGUCCGAGCCCUGUGUGGCCCAUAAGGUGGAGGUCCAAUGCAAGAGACACAACGGAUCAGGCUACUGGAGUGACUGGAGUGAACCCCACAUGUCCACGAUCAAAGACAGCCUUGCCCCUGAACAGGGACCCGAGUUCUGGCGACAGCUUAAAGAAGAUUCCGUGAGGAACCAGGUCACUGUCACCUUGCUAUUCAAGGCUCUUUCUGUUGAGGAUCCCCCACGCUGUGUUGAAGGACUUGUAGUUCAGCAUCAGACCAGUGAGGGCGCUGUGUGGUCAAGGGAGACUGCUCUAGGAGCCUCCCAUGCAUUCCUGUUGGGGCAGGACCCCCUCACCGUCACUGUAAUGGCACGCAACUCUGUCGGAAAUUCGUCCAACAACCACAUCCUGACUCUAAGCAAGGGCCCUAAACGACAGAGUGUUCAGUCGUUCACUGGCCGCAUGAUAAACAGCACGUGCGUUGACCUGACCUGGGCCCUGCUUCCUGGCGGCCCCCCUCCACUGGCUUUCGUCAUCGAGUGGCCCCAUCCCAACGGCGAGCUGCAGCAGAGAGGACAGGCGGCGGAGAAUGUGCAGUGGAUAAGGGUGCCCCCUACUGACCGAGCAGCAUAUGUGCACGGUCAUUUUUAUGGUGCGGAGCAGCACAAGUUCACACUGUACACACUCUAUAAGGAUGGAGAGGGGAAACCUAUCCAGUGCAUUUCAUCUAGAGAAGACCCGGCGGCAUACAUGCUUUUAAUGAUCAUCGCUUUCCUGGCUGUGGUCCUUUUUGUCACCCUGAUCAGCUCCCAGAAUCAGAUGAAGAAGUUGAUGUGGAAAGAUGUCCCCGAUCCCAACAAAUGCUCAUGGGCUCAAGGUGUGGAUCUCAACAAGGUGGAGAAUCUCGAGAGCUUAUUCAGGCACCCUGACGGUCUCACUGCCUGUCCACUGCUGCUUAUAUCCGAGGUCGUGUCCGAGGCAGAGAUUGUGGAAAAGACUGUGCCCGCAAAAUUCCAGAAAGAAAUGGAAAGUGGCGGAAUAUCCAAGGAAACCACGGCCUUGAUGCCCAGCGACACGUCUCUCUCUGACUCCGCCGCAGCACCGGUUUCUGGAGGGACGUCGGGCAUCUUGGAGACGGAGGCCGAGUCUUCGGGUCAGUCGGCGGUGUCCGGGCAGUCCUCGGUGACCUACGCCACGGUGCUCAUCAAGGACAACCAGCCCCCCUGCCAGCACCACAAGCACCACCAGGAGAACCUGAGCAGCUCCAGUGACGAGGGCAACUUCUCCGCCAACAACUCGGACAUCUCGGGCUCCUUCACCGGAGCGCUGUGGGAGAUGGAGCAGGCGGUGCUGGAGACCGGGGACGCCGACCCCCGACACUCCUGCUCCUACAACUCGGUGGAGCUGGAGUUCUCCGACAACUCCGAAGAGGAGGACGAGGUUUUGACCAGUCGACGCGUGUCCUCGGAACUCUACUAUCUUGGCAUGGGCCCCCGGGACGACGACCAGGAGGAAGAUGCCGACGGCGACGACGAAGACGAGGAAGAGGGGCCGACAAAGCUAGAGGGACCAGAUUUCGGCUCGUCGAGGGAGGAUGGGAUCCUGGUGUGUGUGGAGCCAGCCUCAGAAUGUAAUUCUCCAUUAACCCGCCGGGACUCCAAAACCAGCUGCUCCAGCUGUGCAUCUCAGAGCGGCCUGCCCCUCUACCUGCCCCAGUUCCGGACCGCCGCCGCCGCUAAGCCAAUCAGAAGCUGGCCGGAAGACAAGGACCUCCCACUGUGAAUGUAGGUAGCGCGUCCCAUGCUAUGUCUGAUGAGUGCCCAUCUCUGUCUCCUCAUUGGAGGAGAUGAGAUGCCACUGCGCUCUUGUCACUAUCCACCUUCAGCUACUGAUCUCUACUCAGUGGUCCAUACUCCAGGCUUGACUGAAACGAUUUAUGCGAAAAAGGUCAGCACUGGCCUGAGGUCGGUCUUUAAAGGUGUAAUAUAGUGAAAGAGUCAUGUGCUUGUGAUCUGUCUGUGAAUGGAUCUUUGGUUACCGAGCAUUGGUUACCGAGACGACAAGAAAUGCUUGUUUUCACCUUGAUUACCUGUUAAAAGCUGAGGAACCGAAGAAAAGGUUCCGAGUUCUGCUGGAAGCAGAUGAUGUUGACUGCUCUGAUGAACACUAGUCAGAGAGGAGGAGAUGACUGAAAAGAUGGGAGAGUUUAAAAAGCACAGGUUUGGGUUCUGUGCUUAAAAGCUGCUGGUUCACAAAGCAUGACUUCUGCCUGACAGUUGUGUAGAAAAUACUCUCUCCACCAGCAUUUGCAUUCCAAGAAAUGAAUGUUUCUUGGGAAGAAAAAAGAUCUCUGAUUCAAAUGAAUGUUUGGUGUUAUACAUUUCUGUCCUGUAUUUUUUGUCAUGUAUUGCCAACAGGUUCUCCCAGGAAACAAAAUGUGCGAUCUAUUUUCAUCAUGUGCUGUUUUCUAUGAAAAAGCUGAUCGUGCUGUGAUCAGUUGAAUGUAUAUUUACCUUACAAGGAUGGAAAAUGAGUAAAGGGUGUACAGUACAAUAGGAUGUAUUAAUACUCUUGUCUAUUUUUGUGGUUCAAAUAAACUAUUUAUUGCAAGUUU